AAAUGACACAAAUGUGCUCACCGGAAGAGAACUAUUCCGCUUUCUAUGGAUCUUGUCCCGGUCCCAAGUUGAGACGUGCGCGCGCGCCAAUUACGCAACCCUCCCCUCCCGCCAGUCGGCGCGCUCCCGCGGUAAAAUCGCCAGCGUCUGUCGUCGCGUGUGCGCGUGACCUGCAUUGACCGGCUGCUCCUGCUGAGUCUAAACCAGAAUCUCCGUCAGUUCUAGAAGCCCCCGACCGCAUCUUGUCUUCAGCACGGGCCAGUCGCAAUGGGGAAGGAGAAAGUCCACAUCAACAUUGUCGUGAUCGGCCACGUGGACUCUGGGAAGUCCACUACCACGGGCCACCUCAUCUACAAGUGCGGCGGCAUCGACAAAAGGACCAUAGAGAAGUUCGAAAAGGAAGCUGCUGAGAUGGGGAAAGGCUCGUUUAAGUACGCCUGGGUGCUGGACAAGUUAAAGGCAGAGAGGGAGCGUGGCAUCACCAUCGACAUCUCUCUGUGGAAGUUUGAGACCUCCAAGUAUUAUGUAACCAUCAUCGAUGCCCCGGGCCACAGGGACUUCAUCAAGAACAUGAUCACCGGGACCUCUCAGGCCGACUGCGCCGUGCUCAUUGUGGCCGCCGGCGUCGGGGAAUUUGAGGCCGGUAUUUCCAAAAAUGGGCAGACCCGUGAGCACGCCCUGCUGGCCUACACUCUGGGUGUCAAGCAGCUCAUUGUGGGCAUCAACAAGAUGGACUCCACCGAGCCAAACUACAGCCAGAAGCGCUACGAGGAAAUUGUCAAGGAAGUUAGCACUUACAUCAAGAAGAUUGGCUACAACCCAGACACCGUUCCAUUCGUGCCCAUUUCUGGAUGGAACGGCGACAACAUGCUGGACGCCAGCCCUAAUAUGCAAUGGUUUAAGGGGUGGAAGAUCAAUAGGAAGGAUGGCAAUGCAUCGGGUACCACACUGCUGGAAGCUUUGGAUGCCAUUCAACCACCCACCCGUCCAACAGACAAACCUCUUCGUCUGCCUCUUCAGGAUGUCUACAAGAUUGGAGGUAUUGGAACCGUGCCUGUCGGCCGCGUGGAAACAGGCAUCCUUAAGCCUGGCAUGGUGGUGACCUUCGCCCCGGUCAACAUAACAACCGAGGUGAAGUCAGUGGAGAUGCACCACGAGGCGCUGUCCGAGGCCCUACCCGGCGACAACGUGGGCUUCAACGUCAAAAACGUGUCCGUCAAGGACAUCCGCCGAGGAAACGUGGCUGGCGACAGCAAGAAUGAUCCGCCGCAGGAAGCUGCCAGCUUCACUGCUCAGGUUAUCAUCCUGAACCACCCCGGCCAAAUCAGUGCCGGCUAUGCUCCUGUGCUGGACUGUCACACGGCUCACAUCGCCUGCAAGUUUGCCGAGCUCAAGGAGAAGAUCGACCGCCGCUCAGGCAAGAAACUGGAAGACAACCCCAAAUCCCUGAAGUCUGGAGAUGCUGCAAUUGUAGACAUGACUCCCGGCAAGCCCAUGUGUGUCGAGAGCUUCUCUGAGUAUCCUCCACUGGGUCGUUUCGCAGUGCGUGACAUGCGGCAGACUGUGGCUGUGGGCGUCAUCAAGGGUGUGGAAAAGAAGGCCUCCACCACUGGGAAAAUCACCAAAUCUGCCCAGAAGGCUCAAAGGAACAAAUGAAUGUUGUGCUACGCUGCCGACCCCAGGGUCUCCCAGGGCAGGACAUCAGUCAUCCGACUCCAUCCUACAAUUGGCUGCUUCAACUUAAUAAUCAAAGACUGGUUAAUCAUCACGAUGCAUCGCAAAACCAUCCGAAGAAAAGAAAAACUGUAAGACCCUAUUGUAGUUGGAUUACCAUGAUAUAUAAUGUAAUAUCACAUAGUUUUAAGUGUGCACUGUUCAUUUGAUUCAUGGCAAUACCAUUCUGUGAUAGUGUACAACUUGAGGUAUUACCAUCCAUCGCCUCUCUAUAUCCCUCCAGUACAGGUACUAGUGUGUUUACAUGGUGAACGUUGUCUUUACUAGUGUCUGUUUUCUGUUUUUACAGCGCGCGUCGUACAAGCUGGGAUUAGCGGUUAAAGACUACUGUAUGUUCUUCUGAGUAUUUAGUAGAUGAGUAUAACUUCAUGUUUUCUUGUGGUUCAGCUUUAAAAAAAAGUAUUUCAAACAAAAUGUGUCCUUCCCAAGGGCCUACUAAUAGGCCACCUAAUUCUUAAAGCACUUUAAUUGGCACUUUGCUAACUUUGCACUUGCUAUGGAGAUAUUACAACAUGAAUAAGCUAUCGCACCUUAUUGUAGAAUGGCACAAGCCGCUUUGCAACAUUAAACACGUUCCACUCAA